UUUGCUGUUUGUCACGGUAUCUGAUAUUAUCUGAUAUCCGAUCCAAUUUUCUUACUGAGUAUCAGUUCGGUGGCAUCUCUACUAUUUAUAUCUGAUGUACAGUACAGUGUACUGUAAACUCCUGGCUUUGAGGUUAUGAGUAAUGACCUAGCAUGAUAUCCUCUAUUUUGUUGCAAGGACUGUUGGAGAUUUUAAUCUGAAUAAAAAUGUUCAGGUGGUUCCUGUUACAGGUGCCUUAUCCUGAUUUCUCUGCCACGUUUCAGGAACUAGGUGAAAGAUCUUUGAGCUCUGGAGCUGAUCUACAUCAUGUUUCCUAUUCAUUAUGUAAUCUGAUUAGCAGGCAGUCUUAUUCAUGAGAGCCAAAGUAAUGAACCAGAAGAAAAAAAUAUAGUCCAAUCCUCAAAAUUUAAAGUUGUCUUUUUUUGUUUUGUAUGUGUGACAUGUCUGUGUGCUUUACUGCUGUUGAAGAGGAAAGACCCAUGACCAUCUGCCAAAGUAGAGCCGUAGUUUAAUCCAGAUUACAGCCUCUCUCUCUCUCUCUCUCUCUCUCUCUCUCUCUCUCUCUCUCUCUCUCUCUCUCUCUCUCUCUCACUCAUUCCUCACCACUGUCCUUGACAGAAGCUGUUGGGUUAAACAAAGCUCUAAACUCUGCUGGAUUGCAGACCUUUCACCAAAAAACAAGGACCUAACACACUCAGACAGAGAGGAAAAUGGCGUUUCUCAUUAAGAGCAUGGUGGGGAACCCGCUGAAAGGGAUGGGACUUGGAGGAGGAGAAGAGAAAUCCGAAGCAGAAACUCCAAAGGACCCGGCGGCGGCGGCCGGGAUGACCCGAGAGGAAUAUGAGGAGUAUCAGAAACAACUGGUGGAGGAGAAAAUGGAGAGAGAUGCUGAUUUCCUACACAGGAAGGCAGAGAGGGCAAAUCUCAGGGUAUGUCUUCGGGAGAAAUACAGACUGCCAAAGAGCGAGCAGGACGAGAACAUGAUCCAGAUCGCCGGCGAUGACGUGGACGUGCCCGAGGAGCUUCUGAAGAUGGUUGACGAGGACGCGACGGAGGAGGAGGAGAAAGAUUCCAUCCUAGGCCAGAUACAGAACCUGCAGAACAUGGACAUGGAGCAGAUGAAGGAGAAAGCCACAGCCACGUUUAACGAGAUAAAGGGCAAGGCCGAGGAGAAGUGCUGCGUCAUGUAACCAUCCUGACAAGAUGCAACACAUGGUGACGAGAGAGAGAGAGAGAGAGAGAGAGAGAGAGAGAGAGAGAGAGAGAGAGAGAGAGAGAGAGAGAGAUGAAGAAUUACUGUGUUUUACGUUAUGUAAAAGCAUCUGUUUGAAUUGAUGAACUUGAACAUGAGCAGAUGAGAUGAAUCAGUUGUUUAGAAAAAGAGUACGAGCGGAAAUUAAUUCAUUUAUACUUGAUCUAUUAUUUCAACAACAACAUAAACUGCACUUGAAACUAUUCUUAGUAUUAUUACAGAGUCACUUCACUACUUUAUUCAGUAUUUUCAGCAAGGCUGUUUGUGAUUGUGUUAGUGAAUCUGUUUCUGUGAGUGCUUAUGAGAGAGUUUGAACGCUUUAUUGAAAAGUAAUCAAAGGUUAUAUAUUGGUGUUUGGAUUUUUUAAAUGUAACUGCAUGCUAAUUAAACUGGAAGCUACUGUUCUAUACUCACUGUAUAAAAAGAAGA